AAAGGAUCGUUGCCACUGUAUCGAUUUUCCGCGGUAAUUGUGAAAAUGGCUGGCUUUUAUCGCAGCUUAAAUAAUUAAACAGAUACAACUUAAAUAUCAACAUUAGAAGUGAAUUAAAAUAUGGAAAUCAAUAAUUUCCCUUAGUAAUAUCAUAAAAGGUGGUUUAGAUCGAUAAGUUUUUCAGUGUGAUCGGAAGCAAAGAGAUCAACAUGCAGUCAUGUGUUUUUAAAUUAAUAUUUUCUUUGAUAUUAAGUUUACAGUUUUACGAUGCAGAUGCUAAUGGUUCUCAAAACAAGAGCUCUCAUCAUCUCCGGAGACUGGGUGAUGAUGGAUACUUCAAGUCGAAGCCAUCAUACCGAUCUUUCCAACCGGUAUCCAUUCGGUAUCACAAAUCAACCUACCCGAGACCGGAUGAUCGAUCAGACUAUGAUAUAACUUCGUAUGAUACGGAGUAUGGAGGAGUGGUCUCCAAUUUUACGUCUUCCAUUUAUGAUGAUAAUCCUCAGUUGUAUCCUAAUCCGGAGUUUGUGGCGCGGAGUAAUCAGGUUAUAAGUAAGAAUUCAGACAACAAGGUAGAUAUUGAGCCAGAUCUUCCUGACGAUUCUUUAGCUGAUGCAGAUCUGAAAGAACAUAAUAUUAUAGAUAGUGUGACGUAUUUGUAUGGAUUCAACAACUGCCAUGGAGUUAGGAACGAGUGGAUGAUCUUGAUCUUCAUCACAAGUGGCAUAGCUGUCGUAUUACUGAUCAGUGCAGUAAUGUGGCUCAUGUGGAGCGAGUACGCAGCCGAGUUCCGUCGCAACAGCAAGUUGUAUCCCAUUAACAUUAACCUGUGCUGCUGUUUGGCUGCCUGUACCAUUAUUUACAUACAGGCUGUGAUGGGUGUAUCAUCUCCCUCCCAAUGUGAGAGGAUAGCCCUCCUCCUGCAUUACACGCAUGUCUCUUGUGCUAUGUGGAUAGUAGCACUUGCGGCUGCAGUAGCAGAGUACUGUGCUUGUGACACUCUGUUGCCACUAAAGUACAAUUACCUGCUGGCCUAUGGAGUUCCUGCUGUGGUUGUCAUGUUCAACUACGCUCUCUCAAUGGAACACUAUGAAAUUAAGCACUACUGCUGGAUGUCCAUCGAAAAAGGCAUGGUUAUGGGAUUCAUGGUACCAGCUAUGAUUCUCAUCCUAAUAAACACAGCCAUCAUCAUUUUAGGCCUACAAAGUGUUAAUAAAAAGCAGGCGGAAACGUUAACUGCAAAGAUACAAGAGUUAGUUGACCAUCACAUAGCUAAUUGGCCAAAAACUGAUGGCCAAAUGGACGACAAAAAUGGUAGUAUUGACACGUUAGACAAUAUCUACACUCCAGGCAGCAGUAGGAAGAACACGGAUAGUUCUGAAACCCUCGAUAAAGAUUAUAAUGGAAGCGAAGACGAUUGCCAUUACGUGAACAUCGCUAUACCUGGGGAAAAUGGUGAAACUGGCAGUGAGCCAAACUUGGCUCAAGCGGCGAAGGCGAUGCACGACAAGAGCCUUCUAAACAUGCUAUACAUGGACAAUAUAUCCUGGAAAUGGACCUGGAACACGGAAGGCAAUGAGUUGAAGACCUAUCUGAACCUGUGCCUCGUGUUAGAACCGUUCUUCGCCAUCAAUUGGGUUAUGGGAGUGGUAGCUAUUGAGAAUGCGGCGCAUUGGUCGACUCCAACGAUUUAUUUGAUACUUGUCGUCGUUAUGUACAUAUACCUAACUACGACAAUAUGUACGACAUUGCCGAUUGUGCGUCCAAAAACUACAGCCCCGUGUUGUGAGGCCGUCAUCAGUGAACCAACGCUUACUAGGAACAGGACUACUGACAGUAUCCCACUACUGGACCCAACAAUCCAGCAGCCAAUUGUGACACCAGCGCCAGCGGACACCAUAAGUACUAUAAGUAUUUAAUCAUUUACCACAAGCUGGUUGACUUAGUUCAGUCACAAAAGUGACUUUGCGCGUUAAAAAUAAGGAAAUACGUGCGAAAUUCGAUUGGCAGAUCUUCUGCUUUCAAAGGUAAUUUCAGCUUCACUGGUUUUCAGUGCAGAGCUUAAUAACAGGAAUAUGACCGUCUGGACAUACAGGGGCCUAAAUGACACAGUAGGUACUUUUGAAAAUGAGGUUCAUUAAAGACAAACAAAGAUUUCAUUUAACGUAUAAUUUGCGAAAAUAUUGCAGUAUAAAAACAGAACAAAGCCUCUGUAUGUAAUAUGCCGUUCGUUAUGCUAAGGAUAGGGUUUUGGAAGACCAGGUUUUUAUUAUUAAGGUAGCUGUGACUUUGUGAGCGUCUUUCUUUUGAUAUUUAUUUUUCGUGUAAUAUGUUAGUAUGCUGUUCAAACAUUCAAGAGAAUGCUUUCAUCGUGAAUGUAUCGCUGUAAGAAAACCCCUGCCUUUCGCUGUGUAACAGAAUUAAAUUAAGCUUGGUGUUCUAGUAUAAUUACUUCACAAUUUAUUUUAAAUUUCUACCAUUUAGUAGAUAUUAAUUUGCUCUGGUAUCAUUCAUAUUAGUUGCAAAAAAUGUUGCCGUGUUAGAAUUUAUUAUUUCCGCAUUUUUUUUACCAACAAGAAUAAAAUAAUUUUAUUAGGAAUGAUGUCUACAGUUCUUCCCAUUUUUAAUAUUCAAUGAGAGAUGAUUUGAGUAACGAUCUUCAAAGCGAUUACUCUUGUUAAAAAGUAUUUACUCGUUUAAUUUUAUAACGAGUAACGGUUAAUUUCCAUUUAAUUUCUUAAAAAUAACUUAAUUAAGAAAGUUUUAAUGGAAAAGGAAAGUUCUUAGGGCCAACUGUAAUGAGGAAUUGUGUCUUCUUAAUAUUAUAAAUAAAAAUAAUUCUUAUUAUUCAUAUCUUAAUAGCAUAAUGUGUAGAUACUGUAACCCUGAAUAAUUCAGAACAGUAUAAUUAUCUCCGAAGAAAAUGCAUUUACAAUUUAAUCCUUAAUAUAAUUCAAAUUAAAUGUGAUUCAUAAAAAAAGGAAUUUUUAUAAUAUUAAGUGGUUUAGUGUUGAAAUAAGAAAUUAAAUGUACGUUUAAAAAGUUAAAUCUAAUCAAUUUUAAAACAUUGUUAGAUAAAUGCCGUAGUUUUUGAAAUUUCAAGCUUGUGAUUUAUUUUUUUGAAAUUUUACGCCUGUAUUUUAAUGAGAAGUCAGCAAAAGCAGGGACUUAUUUUAUUAUGCGCACAAUGUCAACUGUUUGUCUUGGUUUCAUAGAUUAACAGAAAUAUCAAUUAUUGUCAGCCACACGAAAUUUGAAUAAAAUAUCGAAUUAUACCAAAAAAAUUAAGCAGAAAUACCUGUUAUAAGUCUCUGCUUUUGUUGAACUAAAAUAAAAAAAUAUAUGUUAAGUUAUUCAUUCUAGAUUUUUUAAAUCUAUCAAUUAAGAACUUUUCUACCGCAAAGUUUACUUAGGUCUAAGUUAUAGUUCUAGAAAUUGGAAUUUUAUUAAACAUUACAUAAUAUUUAUUAUAACCAUAACAUUACCUACAAUAAAUAUCUGUAUAACUGGUUUUAACUCAUUAUAAACGUCGUCAGUGUUGACAAUAACUAAAUAUUGUCUUAAUAUUUAUGUUUAAUGCAUAAAAAGAUUAAAUAGAGAUUUUAUUAUAUCAUAUGGGGCGUAGCGAGGUUGAUAACAUAUUUUAAAUGAUACAAAUAAGUUUAAUAAGUAUAAUAAUUAUGAAAGAGACCUACAAUUGACAAUAAAAUGUAAAAAAACACUGCCCAAAUAUUACAUACUAUCCGAGCUACGCCCAUUUUUAAAUAUAAAAUAUAUGAAACUUUUAUUCUUGAACGUUGUUUCUGACAGAUAAUGAGAGUAUAUUAUUAUGAAGUUUAAAUAAGUUAAGUGUUCAUUAAAUAAUGUGUUUGUUUAAAUUCAGGGCUAAAAUUCUUUGUACCUAUCAAAUAAAUAAAAAUUAAAAUCGUGAAAAAUCCGUAAGAUAUCUUGAAGUUGCCAUGCUACAAAAUUGAGUACCGAAUUGGGGUAAAAAUGUUUGCUAAUUCAACAUUGUAAUUUGUAAUUUUAAUAAUUACUUCAUAAACUUGCUGAAAUUAUUUACAUUUGAUAAUGGUUAAGUAAAUGUUAAUUAUAAAAAAUACCUCUGAAAUGUUACAGCAAUAAACGGAUAUCAAAAUUUCGUGGUCAAAGUAUAAAAUGUUUGAAAACUUACUACUUUGAUUGUAGUUAAGAUUUCAUUUGUGAUAGAAGAUAGUGUGAUAGCAAUAUUGUUGCCACGAUAAGUUUUAAUAAAUGUUUUAAAAUAUCAUGGAA